AUGAGAUAUCAGAACUGGGACGUCCUUCUGUUUCCUGGCGGCUCGAGAGUUCCAAUCCAGGAAUUCGACACGAAAUGCUAUGGUUUGGAACAGAAUUUCGGCGUCUCCACGGCACGGCCAGCGACCGAAACAGACCGCAACACCUUCGAGUCCAUGACCGUCGUUCCCAUCCUGACCUCCUUCGUGGCGAGCCUAGAACGUGGCGCUACGUUUCGGGUUUCGAUACACAGUUGGGACAAACCAAGGCCGUCAAAUCUCUUGCUGGACUACAAGACGCCCGACGAGCCAGUCCUGUUCCAAAGUCGAGUGUAUAUUGAUGGAGUUAUGGUGGCGGGAUCAAGGUUGUUGCCCCCUCCCCAAUAUCAUGCUCUGGAAGCUGAAGUUCUAGAAUUUGGAGACCGACAUCUUCGAUUCCCACCGUUUCACAAAGAGAUCCUUCAACAACCCCACUGGGAGCCGGCAGAGUCCCUCGGCCGUGUCAAGGUUGUUAUCUCGGAAGGAGUCUCUAGAGAGACAACCCCUCCGGCGGCGUUGGAUUCCGUGUUUGACCGGCUUCGAGAUGUCGUCAUAUUCUCGUUCCAGCAUGCACCACAGAAUAUUCUCGAAUUUUCGAAUAUAGCAUGGCCAAACGCGAGGAUCUUCGCGAGCCUUUCCAAGCGAGCCACUCGACCCGGACCGAUCGGAACCCGCCUACCUCCCGCACCGGGCCACGAAGCUCAUUCACAUUCUCCCCUUCGUCCAGCCAUUGCCACCCGCAGCGGUAAAGCACCCUCGAGUGGGUUGGAUGGGUUUCACAGACUACUGAAUGCACAGACGUUCUCGGACUUGCAAUCUGAUCCGCUCAGCAAAGCUUCGACUUUCGCCUUUGCCGAGAAGGAGUCUCCCGAACGUCGAGAGCUUGUAGGCAACGCGGCGUCGUGUGAAGAUCCCUUCGUCUGUCCACAGCCAAUAUCGUCACAGAAGUGGCGCUUGCAGCUGAGAUCGACCAGCCACGAUAUCCCCAUGCCAGACUACACUUCCAACAAGACCGACAACAGUGGCGCCUGCACAGAUAUGUCCGGGAUCAGCUUCCCACGAGCAAACUUCUUGAGGCAUAUGAACGAGGCGAAUCCGGAGGAGAUAGUGCAGGCAUUGAGCCCGGCUAGACAGGAAGAACUAUUGAAAGUGCUCAGUGCAUCGCAAAGCCCAGUUCGAGGUACGCUUGCCCCGACGAACACCCCGCGUUCGGUUUCGGACCAAAGCGUUCCCCAAUCGCCUCCGGUAAGGGGUGGGACCGAAAUGAGCCAUGCAGUCAAGGUCUAUGUACCAUCGGGCCAGCGUGACUCAAGUGACAGUCAUUGGCCCCUACGGUUGCAAAAGCUAGAUCAGCGUCGUCGAACUUACUCGGAGAGCAGCGUCAGAAGCACGUCCGAACCAGUGAAGGUUAGCAUGAAGCACGACAUCGCAGCAGAGCUGCCUUGCGAAUGGGUUCAAAGGGGAGAGAAGACUGCUUCGGACCCCAGAGGGACGCUGCUCCUAAACACCCAUCGGCCGAGGUCGACCUCAAACGUAUCGAAACGCAGACGUGGUUCAGCAUCUCCAGCAGCAGGAGUGGGAAAGAUACAAGAUGCUAUACAGGUUGUGGUCGAUUCUUCAUCGUCAGGAGGAGAACAGGAGACAGUCCUCAAGCAGACUACACCUGCCAGGAGUGGAGUGGUGUUGGAUGAAAGCUAG